CAUUGAUAAGUUAAAAUCUUCUUUCUUUUUUUUUCAUUUCUUAUUAUAUAGAAAUUAUUCAACGUGUGUUAAACCAUGACGAUGGUGUGACAACAACGACGAGAGUGUGCGGAGAAGCUAAGAGACCGUGUGAUCAACAAACCUGUUUAAAAUAACCGACCAGGUACACGUAAUCGUGCGUCUCUGUGACGUACAACACAUACCUACCACCACUGCCGGUACAGCGUGUUGGUAUAUACGGGAUAAAAAAACAAAAAAAAAAAUCCAAGAGGGAAUAAUAAUAAUAAUAAUAAUAAUAAUAAUAAACGAGUGAACAAGAAUAAGUGAUGAGAAGUGUAAAAUGUUAAUUGGUGAUAACAAGGUAUUAAUAAAUAGUGGUGUCCGUAACGGAAUCGUAAUCAAAGUGUUGUUAUGUGGGGCCACAGCGGUUGUGGCCAAUACCAGGAGCAUCGUCAUCGUCAUCAUCAUCGUCAGCAGCAGCAGAAGCAGCAGCGUUACAGCAAUGCGGCGUCAGCCAGCGUCGACGAUACGUCAAACGAGUACAACGGCCGUAUAAAUAGGUGCAAGGAUCUGCUGAAAAGUUUGAAGGAAAAUCAGCUGGAAAUACUUUUGGCCGCUGUAGAAAGCUACGGGGCUGAUCUAAGCGGCUGUGUUCUCGUACCGAGGCGACGACGAGCCGACGGAGAACGAAGGACCGUCGAAAACCCGACGAACGAUUAUCGUACGACGAUGUGCUGCAGGGAGGAGAAGAACGCGGUGCAACAGACGCAGCGAUACUCGGCUCGUUAUCAUUAUCAUCAUAAUCAACACAGUCAACACAGUCAAAGACUGCUGCAGCAGCGACAGACCCGAGGGGAACGCCGAUCGGACGAUAACGACGAGAACGCGAUGCCCAUGGAGGAGAGGAACCUCCCGUCCCCUCUCGUCGCCGAUCCAACGUCGACGACGACGAAUAGCACGUGCAGCAGGUUCGGCCGAGGCGAUCGACAGACGUCUUACCGUUCGCGAAAUUCCGCCGGUGCGACGCCGGCGUCGACGGGUCGCAACAACGCCGUCGAACCCCACCUUCUCUGCUGCCAAAUUUGGCGGUGGCCCGACCUCGCCGACAGUGAUGAACUUAAGAGACUUCCGGUAUGCCAAUCCGACCAGGAUCCCGUGUACGUUUGCUGCAAUCCCUAUCAUUGGAGUCGGCUCUGCAAACCCGAGUCGCCGCCACCUCCCUACUGCCUUAUUGCCGAUAGGUUAAGACCCGAGGAUCGUGCACCGAGCGAAGGUGGAGGCGAAGGAGACGCCGGCUCGGUGAUUAAUCGACACAGAAACGCAAACCCACAGCCACUUCUCGAAUCCCUGACGACGAACGGUGAAGACGCAUCGGGACAGCGGGAAUGGUGCACCCUGGCCUACUGGGAGCUCGGCGGUAGAGUCGGUCGUCUUUAUCCUGUCGAACCAUCGACGGUGAACGUGUUCGACUCCCUCCUAGACGGCGACGGCCUCUGCCUCGCUACCCUUGCCGAGAACCACUCGACUUCACCGGCGAUUCAGAGGACUCGGAGUAAAAUAGGUCUCGGUCUUACGCUGAGCUACGAGUCCGACGGCGUUUGGGCGUACAACAGGUCGGAGAAUCCGAUAUUCGUAAACUCGCCGACGUUGGACGACCCGGAGUCGAGAACCUUGUUGGUCUACAGGGUGCCGCCGGGAUUCUGUCUGAACAUAUUCGAUCGGGCAAAGAAUGUCCACCGGCACUAUCACCACCAGCAGCAAUCGUCGACCUCCUUGUCGUCCUGCUCGUCAUCGAAUUCACCGAACAACGCCGCCGCAGCCGCCAUGCAGGGACUCACAAGCGGUCCCGUCGACGUAAACUCCGUCCGUAUAAGCUUCGCCAAGGGCUGGGGACCGAAGUACUCGAGGCAAGAGGUCACCUCCUGUCCAUGCUGGCUCGAGGUCUUACUCGCGCCGUGCAGGUGAUCAUCCCUCAACCUUUGUUUUCUUCGACCCUUCGGACACUAUAGAUCUUAUUCAAGAUCAAUUUUGCCAAUACGGAUAAACCCGGGGAAAACCGCCGAUCGAGGAGGGAUCUUCUUUCCCCCUUGCGCUUUGUACAUACAUAUACUUACGUACGUUUGUCAUUAAUAAUAAUAAUAUUAAUAUUAACAUUAGUAAUAAUAAUAAUAAUAAUAAUAAUAAUAAUAAUAAUAAUAAUAUGAUGCAACUUCGAACCGCGAGUUAAUUGUGUUUUGUGUUAUUUUC